AUGGAGCCGAGCCGCGUGCCCCGGGGCCCCGCUUCGCGCCUCGUCUUCCUCUUCGUCACCCUCGUGCUGACCGUCGCAGCAACGGGGCUCCUGUGCGGCGCGAUAAUGUCGGACCACUGGGAAGAGAUCGACUGGGACAAGGAAGAUCUGAACCACGCGAAUGUCAACCUCACCUGGUACCUGAACGGUCAGAUAGCGAGACUCGAGUCUUCCGUUAAUCACCGAAAUAAGCAUCGCGUCGCCAAAAGUUCGUCCUUCCUGGUUCCCAUGCACGGCGGCAUUUGGAUUAUGUGUGUUUCAUUGUCAGAGGAAGAGAUACAGCUGUUAAGUCACGUGGGUUUCCCGCAAAAGAGAUGCGUCAAUUACUUGACACCGAGCGAAAAGACACACGAGACACGCGGAGGUUGGCAAAAUCGAAUGCAAAAUCUGAGUAUCUCGUGCUCCUUGGUGUGCCUAAUCAUUUUAGGAUGCGCUGCACUUAUAGGAUUUUUCGGACUGUGCAGGCAUCAAAUAUCGGCCGUGCUCGUGACAGGAGUGAUGUACCUCCUUGCAGCAACAUUCGCGCUGUUCACGCUCACGAUCAUCCACUUCAAGAGGGCCCAGGACCGCGGGACCAAACCAAUAGCACACGGACCUGACGACGGCGUGAUCGGCAUGCCUGUUCUCCGCAGCAUUCUCAAGGCCAGGAGAGUCACCACCGCGUGGAGCAUGGAUCUGGGAUGGGGUGGAGUCACCCUCUGUGCCCUCGCGUCGGUAGCCUGGAUCCUCCUCAGUAAAAUCAUGCGCUUCAGCCCGAUCGCUGCCAUGAUAGCGUAGCAGUGGGACGCCUUCGAGGUCUAAGGUCGUUUCUGAGAGUCCUCACGACAUUUCGACGAUGUUCUGCGUUCCUUUCGGGUAACAUCUUUCCUGAUCGAUAUGUCAAGUUGGCGCAAGAGAUUUGUUUCACAGUCGAGUUGUAUUGUAAUCCUCUACCAGACAGAUGUAUUUUUCCGGAUAUUUUUUCAAAACCACGGUUUCGUCUUUGCUUGGCAAAUAUGACAAAUUCUUUGCAUCAACUAAAUAAAUCUCGAAUGUUUACCUCCUGCCAAAAUAUAGAUUUCAACAGUACGAAUUUUUCCGAGAUUUAGAUAUUCAUAUCCAUAGGAAUCGAAAUCUUCCGAAACCUUGAAAAGGAUCGCAAACUGAGAUGGCUAUAAUAUUAUUGAGAAAGUUGAGAAAUUUCAGAAAUGAUCAUCUCGAAGGCGACCAUUUACAGGUGCCUAUUUUAUAUAAUUUAACGUUUGCAUAAAUACCACGUUAUUUCAAUCAAAACAAAGAACGUGAGUUCAAGAAGAUAAAAAGCUUUCGAUUAAAGUGUGCUUGAUUGAUCGACGCUUUGUAGAAUUGCUGAAUGUAUGUGACAAUUUACAUUCUUCCGCAUUCGAUUUAUUUAAUACAAGUAACGAAACAAGUUCGCUAAAAAAAUAUAAAAAAAAACAAAUCUGCUAUAUAAAUAUAUACUCGUGAUACAAAAAAACAAAAUGUAAUGUUUUUAUUGAUUUUCUCUCGGCUGACAUUCUUGCCGGUAUACAGUAAAUGACUCAGGAAUUUAUGACUCAAACGUGCUACAAAGCAAUAUAGCAGAUUAUCAUAAGUGUAAUAGACUAGAAUUAUAGGUUUUGAAACCAGAUUCGGUUUUUAUCAAUUUAUAUUUAUAUAAAUAUUAAAUUCGUAAAUAUUCGCAUAUCGAUUUUUUUUCAGACUUCUAAAAAUUUUAAUUUUAGUAAUAUUUUGUCAUAAUUAAAUUCGCUCUUUUACAGCCUCUGCAUUUAAUAUCAAUUUCUGAUUGCCAUUCUGCGCAGUCAACUCCUUUUUCAUACAAGAAGAACAACGAAAAAGUUGUAUCAGAGUAUAACAAUUCUCUGAUAUAUAGUUGCCUAUAAAUGUAAUCCAAACGCCUUACGAUUAGAACAAUAAGCACGUUUGUAAAGCGUGAAAUAAGAAUGUUAGUGGUGUAUAGGAAUGAGGUACAUAAAGUGCGACAUAUUAAUUUCUCUUACCAAAGAAAAUGGUAUAACUGAAUGCCUUUCUUGAGAAUUAUACAAUUGUAACUUCAUACAUUUUAUCUACAUAAUUUCAAUAUUUGAGAAAUCCAUCUGAGAAAUUAAUCUGCAUCACGCUUUAAAUACCUCAACCUAUAUACAGCAUAGAUUUUUUUCAGCUAAGAGCUUGUUUUUGCUACAACUUGUUCUAGCGAUUAGGCGAUGUAAUUAUAUGCACAGUAUGUGUCCUGCAUGGAAGAAUCGCAAAGAACUGUAUUUCGUCCAUUAAAAGUUAAGAAUCUUUGUCGCUCGGUGCUUUUGUGAGACACCGCAUUUUUCUAACGAUGCAUUCUCAAUUGUAUUUUUUAUGCAAUUUUGUUGUUUGUUAUAUUGAAGCAAUAAAAAUACCGCAAGAAAUUGUAUGUACCAUUAAAAAUCGUUCAAAUUCACUUACG